UGUUUUCGUACUUUUCCUUUCCUUCGGUCGUACGGGCGCCGCCCGUCUUCCGCCGAGAUUUUCCGCUAAAAUUAUCCCGGACGUUUAGAAAGGUCGAGUCGCCAGGUGGCCGGAGGCGUUGGCGGUGGCCAUCUUGGAAAGUCUCUUCCGGAUCGAUCCGUUCGGAUUUUUCCUCUGUCGUCGACAUGGCGGCCAUUCGGAAGAAAUUGGUCAUCGUGGGGGACGGAGCCUGCGGCAAGACCUGUCUUCUCAUCGUUUUCAGCAAGGACCAGUUCCCGGAAGUGUACGUUCCCACCGUCUUCGAAAACUACGUGGCCGACAUCGAGGUCGACUCCAAACAGGUGGAACUGGCUCUGUGGGACACGGCGGGACAGGAAGAUUACGACCGUCUCCGCCCGCUGUCCUAUCCGGACACGGACGUCAUCUUGAUGUGCUUCAGCAUCGACAGUCCCGACAGCCUGGAAAACAUCCUGGAGAAAUGGACGCCGGAAGUGAAACAUUUCUGCCCCAACGUCCCCAUCGUUUUGGUGGGAAACAAAAAGGAUCUGCGCAACGACCCCAGUACCAUCAAGGAACUGGCCAAAAUGAAACAGGAACCGGUCAAACCGGAAGAAGGACGUUCCAUGGCCGAAAAAAUCAACGCCUUCGGUUAUUUGGAAUGUUCGGCCAAAACCAAGGAGGGGGUGAGGGAAGUUUUCGAAAUGGCCACCAGAGCCGCUCUGCAGGUGAAGAAGAAGAAGAAGAAAAAGUGUAUUUUGUUUUGACGCGGCGGCCGCGCGCUAAAUUCGGCCAGAAUUAAAGUCGGUAGCGUAACCGGACUGGCAGUAUUUCCACCCGGGAUUAGUGUUGUUCGUCGGACGCUUUCUAGUCACCGGACUUUUCUAGUGCGGAUUGCGUAAAUUCGUCGUUUCCUACUUUGGCCCGGCGGAGCAACUUCUUCCCCCGCGGCGUUUAUUCCCAAGACCGGAGCACGGGCGGUUAGGCAGCCGACCGGAAGGGAGGUCUUCUACGUCAAUCGAAGCGUUCUCCGUCCAAACGGGAAGGAUAUUUUCGGCCAGCGCUUAAAACACCCCCGGGGAAGCGGGCUCCGCAGCUACCGUUCCUCGGCCUUUUUUACCGGGCGGACGGUGACGUUAUUUAUUUGGCGUAAACCGGGCAAAAGGUAAUUUCGUCCGCUCCACGGGAAAAGUGUAAAUAUUAAACUGUCCGUGCCGCGGCCAAUUUACUCAUUUGUCGGACGUAGUAAAAGUGUGUAACAGUUUCCGCAGUUCUCUAACGUCAAUAAAACGUAAAUUAACGUGUCA